UUGAAAGGUGGAAUGUCGAAACGUCAUUCACUGAUAUUCGUGGUGUUAUUCGUUUGAGUUUCAUUGGUUGGCGUAAAAAACAUUUUAAGAAAUAAUAAAAAACUUUCGGGCAUUUCAGAACCGUCUUUAAAAAAAAGUAAGAAAAGAUUAUUGGAACAUCAUGUCUUUGGUUGCAUACGCUGCCAGCAGUGAUGACGAUAGUGAUUGUGAAAGCACAGAGGAAAUCAACAACGUAGAACGUGUGAAAACAAGCCAUGGUUCGACGUCGAAUCAACAAAAAAAUGGUCAACAAACAAGUAAAUCGCUAAAUCUACCUCAACCGAAGCAUUCAACCAACAACAAAGAUGAUGAUAAUGAUGAUGACGACGAAACAGAGGAUUUCAAGUUGAAUCUUCCAGCACCGAAAAAAUCACGGGCGAUAAUAAUCGAAGAGAAAGAUGACGAAUUCCUGCAUAAAAAAGUGCAACCAUCGCUCGUGGAAAAGCCAAACAAACAAAAACCAGGCGCUCGACAACCUGUUAAAAUUACCAUACCAUCAUUAGCCGAUCUGGGUGAUGAUGCUCCAAAAGGAAAGCUUGUAUCAGUUGGACCGAAUCCAUCGAAACCAAAUAGCUUACUCGGAAUGCUGCCACCACCGAAAUUUCAUGCUGGUUUUGGCAAACCAAAAGAGAAGCCCGAUUCAUCCACGUCCAGCAUAUCAACAAAACCGUCUAUAACCAAAACUACUUCAUUAGUUCCACACACAGUUGCCAAUCGAAUGAAGGAAGCGGCCACAAAACCGAAACCAAAAUCAACGGCAACGGUGGUCAAAAAGUCUAGUUUAGGAUUAAAUUACAAUAACAGUGACGACAGUGACAACGACGACGAUGAAGGUGGUGAUUUCUUCUCGCUAAACACCGAAGAAAAAUUGCCCGAAGUUAGUGCAUCGGAAAUAAAUGCCAUGGUUGCGAAGAAAGCCACACAAAUGGCGAAAUUUUCGAAAAACUUACACGAAACCGAACAAAAUGUCAUGGAAGUCGAUGAAUAUGCUGGACAAGCAUCGUCAUCGCAUGUUUCCCAUCGAGAUGAGAUCAAUAUCGAGGCUCUGAUUGGUGCUCGAGCCGCGAAGAGAUCAAGAAAGGAAGACAUUCAGUUCAUUGAUAUAUCACAGGAUCAAGUGACAUCAAACGAAGAAUGGCAACGAAGUCAACUACAAGGCGAAACACAGUAUCAACCGACAGGACGGUUGGUUACUGGCGAUCCCGGUGCGGGAACGAAGAAAAAACAUCAAAUCACCUAUUUGGCGUAUCAGGCAAAGGCAAACGAAGCAGAACUACAAGCCAUGUGGGCCACGAAUCGACAAUCACGGCGACAAACACAAAGCAAAUACGGAUUUUAAAAUACAUUUUCUGCUCUGUUCUCACUUUCGUUUCAUAACCAUUAAGACAAUUUCAUAUUAAACAAAUAAAUCAGCUUGAUGAUACUAUUCAGAA